AUGGCCCAGCCACUGGUGCCCAGCUCGCAGAAGGCGCUGCUCCUGGAGCUCAAGGGGCUACAGGAGGAGCCAGUCGAGGGCUUCCGGGUGACCCUGGUGGAUGAGGGUGACCUGUACAACUGGGAGGUGGCCAUCUUUGGGCCCCCCAACACCUACUAUGAGGGCAGCUACUUCAAGGCCCGCCUCAAGUUUCCUAUUGAUUACCCCUACUCCCCUCCAGCUUUCUGGUUCCUCACAAAAAUGUGGCAUCUGAACAUCUAUGAGACUGGGGAUAUUUGUAUCUCAGUCCGCCACCCUCCAGUAGAUGAUCCCCAGAGUGGAGAGCUUUCCUCUGAACGAUGGAACCCCACCCAAAAUGUCAGGACCAUCCUCCUGAGUGUGAUCUCCCUCCUAAAUGAGCCCAAUACCUUCUCACCAGCCAACGUGGAUGCUUCUGUGAUGUACAGGAAAUGGAGAAAGUUGGCAGGAAAGGUCUGCUGUACUGGGAUGGGAGUGGAGCCUAGCCCCUCAGCUGCACUGAUACAGAUCCUGCCCCUGGCAGGCCACACCAUAGGAAGAGAUCUCCAGAGCUUCUGA